AAUUCAACAAAUAUAUUACAUUUCAUCCAGUUAUGUACGUUAUGCUUGCAAACGAAACAUGUGGUACUUGUUGUUCCUGGGUAGUUUGGCGAGAGCUGAAAUUAUUACGCUUACAACAGGAACAAAUAUAACGUGUGUCGCUACUGACAACAGCGUUAAGUCAACUGUUUACCUCAGUCCACCAAUUAAUUCAGGUUUCAUAAAACACCCGACUGAAAUCAAUGACUGGAUUCACGAUGAUUGGGAAACGGUAAAUUCGGUAAACAUGAACCACAAUCUAGUAAUCGAUAAACGCUGGGAAGGUUUUCAAAUGCUUCACGAAGACACUGGUUACGCUCUAGAUCAGAAUUCCUUGUCGUUUUCCGUUUGUGUGACCGGAAACUUCUCCCUCAACGUCUUCACCUCAAAUUUUUUAAAGGAAGGGUGGCUAGACGUUACACCACCGUACAUUAACUUCUCCACGAAGAACAACUCGUGCAGAUGGUUCCACUACAGUCUCGUCAAACACGGUAACACCAUCACGCUAAUUUCGGCAGACAACGUAGAGAAGUUGUACAAUGUGGAUUUCGACCCGUACUGGAUCUACGUCAAAGACCCAAAUCGAAACACUACUUUCUGGAAAUUACACAAAUACAAGUUCAAAAUGGCUACCAUACCAACUCGAGAACAAGAAGAAACCAAACUGGCAGUCAAUUUUACCGACAACCUAUGCCUCUCGAUGUACGUCUCGGUAGACACAAACUCCUACCUAGACAUAAUCCUAGAAACUAACACCAACGUCACUAAAAAAACAAUCAUCGGAUUUAACGAAGACAACACAUUAAAGGACUGGCAAAGAAUCCAGCUCGAAGCACCGAGUUUCGGGGAAAGCAACAUUUCGUUUUCCAGAGGCCUGAUCAAUGAAAAAGACCAAAAAGGCUACUGGGCAAUCGACGAAAUUUCUUUCUGCAGCAAAAACAUCGAAGUUCUCACCGCUUCGUCGCAAGAUGAGGCUCCUGAAGACUACAGAUGUGAAAGCUUAGAGCAGAAGGAGCAACUUGCCCAAGCCACAAACUUACACAUGCUAAAAUGCGAUAAGCCGGGAUUUUUGGGCAAGGACUGCAAUGUUCCCUGUGACGUGGUACUAGGAUCGUCGUACCCUCACUGCGAGAGUCACAAGAUCUGCCAGGACGCGUCUUCGUGUUUUUGUAGUUGGGGCUAUACAGGACAAGACUGCAACGAGACAUGUGGGAGUGGUACAUGGGGCAUGUUCUGCAAGAACAAAUGUAGCGAGAAAUGUGGGCGAAAAUGCCAUGGGUCUACGGGAAAGUGUUUGAGUCCGGAGGACCGCCUGGGCGAAACUCUACCCAUAAAUGUUACCAUCACGGCAAACAAAACUAUCAUUUUUUGGCCAAGCAUCGACAAAAAGCUUAAAGAUGUGUGGUACGAUGUCAAAUUUGUGUGUGGGAGCAACUGGUGCAGAGGACAGGUAGUUGAAAACUACACCAUCGGUAUUCCUUCGGGAAAUGAAGAAGUUUUUGAGUUUAAAAAUUUUAAACCUCUUACGAAGUACCAAGCCAACGUAACUGUCUACGGGUUCAACAAAUCGCUAGAGAAGCAGUACAAAAUGAUUAGAGCCGACAAUGUCUAUGUGAUCAGAGACGUGUCAAUUUUUAGUAGUACUUUUAGCAGUCUUUGGGUGAAAUUCGGAGUCGCAGGUAUGCCAGACAAAGAUUCGUCUUACCGGCUUUGGUAUCAGGAAAUCGACUCCAAAUCUCACCCAAACAACACCGAAAACGUAUCUCGUUGUAAACUGUGGGACGGCUACAUGUGCGCAAGAAUUGACAACUUAAAAAAGGAAACGCUGUACGCUGUAGUGGUUGAGCGCAUCAAAACACAAGAUCAAACAGAGGCUUUGUCCGAAAUAUCCCUAGGCUUUACUAAUGUAUCCGGAACUGACGCUCCUGAAAAUGUGAAAGUCGGGUGGGGUUCAGAUGGUGAAGCUAUCAUUUCGUGGACCCGCCCGAUGAUCACAGAUGAGCAAACACGAAAAUUCCUGGUAGAGGUAAAAUCCGCAGAUAAUGUUGUGAAGCAUGUUGAGGUCAAGGAAAAUCAAAAAACAGGCAGGUGCAAGCUUCCGGUAGAAUACAAUUCCUGGUACACAAUAUCAGUAUGUGUACUUACGGAAUACGAAGGGGAAAAGUACACAAUAAAUGCGACGUUUGUUCCCUUCAAGUUUCCGCUUUCAUCAAAUCGCCCCAUAAUAAAGAUAUGUGGUCAAACAUGUCAUUUACUGAUCCCAAAACCCGAAAAUCAAAAAUACCAAAGUUAUUCCCAAAUAGUGGGAGUUCCCGCCAAAAAUAAUUACACCAACAUAAUGAAAUUGUUGGAGAGUAAAUCAGAUCUAGGAGAACACGGGUUGCUACGUUUGAACGUUACCGAUUAUGACGAUAAAUACUUCAUAGCAGAGACAGGCACAGAGUCGAUUUUCCAGCUGAACGGCAUCAAAAAUUACACACUACAUUUUGUACACGAAAACAACGACGAUUACUCCAUUUAUCCUAGACAAAAUCUAGGGGAAAAAGAAGCAGACGGCAACCAAACGUUGUUAUCAUCAGUACCAUUCUUAACAUUAUUUGUAACCAUUUCUACCAUUUUAUUAGCGUUAUUAUCAUUAUUAUUCUUACUGAAAAACGUUAAAAAACGAAGAACUAAAUUCGAUGAAGAAACCAAAAUAGUAGGAGAAAAAUUAUUAAACCCUUCAAAGCAAGGUCCACAACAAUUUACCAAGGUGGACGUCCGAUUACUGGAAACCUACAUCAAACAGGCGUUGCUCACCGGGAAGGACUUCAUUGCACAAUUUCGUUCCCUCCCGGCAGCCAACAGACCCACGGUCCACGCCUUCCACAACAAAAACAAAAACAAGAACAACGAAAACAUACCAUAUGACCAUAAUCGCGUCACUCUCGCAAAAAUGGAAGGGCUGGGAGACGACGAUUACAUAAAUGCGAGUUACAUAGACGGUCUCGAUCGUCAACAAACUUACAUAGCCGCUCAGGGUCCCAAAUUUUACACUGUUCGUGAUUUCUGGAGGAUGAUUUGGCAAGAGAACGUCCACAUCGUCGUAAUGGCGACGAAUUUCAUGGAAAACAAAAAAAGGAAAAGCGCUGAGUACUUUCCCCAAAAAUGCGGCGCUAUUUUCGAGUGUGGCACACUCACGAUAAAGUUAACGAAAGAGGAGGUUUACGAACACCACACUGUCAGAAUUUUGGAAGUCUGUUACAAGCGAGCAGUCAGACAGAUACAACACUUCCACUUGACGUGGAGUCCUGAUAGUCAUAGGCCUUUGUACCCGAACUGUAUCGUACCUUUAGUGAAAACGAUCCGCGCAAUCCGCGAGAGUAGCGACCGGCCGAUUUUAAUCCACUGCAGUUCUGGGUCCAACCGGACUGGAACUCUGAUUUUGUGCGACUUAGCGCUCCAAAUGGCACAGUCGAGCGACAGUGUGGACUUUUACUCGCUGCUAAAGACCAUAAGAGAUCAAAGACCCAACAUGAUCAGCAGCGAGAAACAGUACAUUCUGGCACACUUGGUCGUGCUCGAGUGCCUCAUGGAACACGAAAACGUGUUCAAAAAGUCGUUCAGAGAGAACUUGCACUUGCCAGUGUUUAAGGAACAGUUGAACUACGUGGCGAGACUCGCGUGGCACGACGACGUCGUUGAGCACUGGGCGUCGAGACGCAGUAAUUCCAGCAGCUACACGUUUUUAAAUUAUGCAGUGGACGGCUACAACACGAGCAAAAAAUUUUUGACGGCGCGGUCGCCCUCCAAGCAACUGAUUUCUAGUUUCUGGAAAAUGGUGACCCAAGAGAAAAUUCACUUGAUUGUGCUGCUAGAUCAGGAACAAGACAAGAUGUGGCCAUACCAAAACGUGAGCAAUAACACGCUUUGGUCAGUCAAAGAGGUCAAGUCGUGGAAAACCACCUACUGCGAACUCACGAAACUGUCGCUGAAGGUUUCCCGAUUACCAACGAACAACAUUAUACACGAACAAACGAUUUGGUUGAUCGAAAUGGACAAUUCCCAGCACUCCGAAAACACAAACUGGUUUCUUAACAUCAUAGACGAUUUGAAUAAACUCAGUGACUCGAAGCCCAUUCUAGUGAUGUGCCAUGACGGUGUCAGAAAAAGUGGUAUAUUCGUUACUUUAGACUACGUAAUCGAAAAAUGCAAGAAAGAGUUCGAAGUGGACGUCUGCAACGCCAUAAGAAACGUCAGACGGAGCGGCUUACCUUUCGUCCAGAACCCUAAUGAAAUGGAAUUUCUGUACUCGACGGCUCUACAAUAUUUACAGAAGUUUGACGCGUACGCUUGCAUAUUAUAACCGUUAUAAUACAUCUUAAAAUGACACGAAGCACGGGCUGCAAAGGAUACGAAGACAAUUGCAGCCGGUCCGGGCACAAAGCUGUCAGACUUCCGGAAGGAGGCAGCUUUUAAGGAAAAUACUCUCUAGGCUUGUGCUGGCCGCUCCUUUGCAAUAAUUUCAGAUAUUAUAGUUUAAGCUUUGUCUGUUAUUGCUAUACUAGAAUCGCCGAAAGGGAAAGUCGCGUCUGACCAAAAAGAACGCUAGGUUCGGUGUUUGAUCGCGUGAUUUUAUUCGGCGGUUCAAGUAUAGUUUAAUAAUAAAACCCACUACGUGAAGAAAUUUGAAGCGUAUGACGAUUUUCGUAAUGACGUCAUUGGUGAAAAGCCGAAGAAGAGGGACACGAUUUUAACCCAACUUUCGUAUUUCGACAUCAACUAGAAUCACGCGUUUUUGUUGUUUGUUUGUGUUUGUUUUUAGACUUACUGUGAACUUAUUCAUAGACCUAAGUGUUUUUCUUUUAUCUAUAUACUUAAUGUUACUCUGAUAGUCUGAAUAAGUUUGAUAAGACACUUACAGGCUAGAUGGUUUUGUGUAAAACUGCACAAUAAAUUGAACCAGUGGUGGAUCGUGAGGUUUAAGCCGAUAUUAAUAUUAAUAUUAAUAAUAAUAACCUUUACUUUCAACAGGUUAAUAACGCAAUUACAGAAAAUAUAAACCAAAGUAAACUUAAUUUACAAUCAAGAAUGUGUACAAAAUAAAAAGAAAACAAAAAAAACAAUAAAUGUAGCAAAAUAAUUAAUAAAUAUAAAAUAAAAUAGUUAACAGUUUAA